UGUUCUACAAAUUCAAACAUACAGAUAUACUUUUAGUUCAGGUUGCAAUAAUAAUGGAAUCCAAUGGUGUAGACUAUGCUUCCAAAUUGCUUGAAUCUCAAAGCCGUGUAUGGCACCAACUUUUCAGCUUCAUAAAUUCCAUGUCCCUCAAAUGUGCAAUUGACUUGGGAAUUCCAGAUGCCAUACACAACCAUGGCCAACCCAUGCCACUCUCAAAACUCAUUUCUUCUCUACAAAUCCAUCCCAACAAAACACAAUUCAUCCACCGCCUGAUGCGAAUUUUGACUCAUUCUGGCUUUUUCUCUAAACAAAUCUCUUCCAAAGGCGAUCCAGAAUCGAGUUAUGCCCUAACCGAUGCAUCCAUGUUGUUGCUUAAAGACAACCCCAUGAGUCUUUUCCCUUACUUGUCCGUCGUAUUUGAUCCAAUUUUAACAAAGCCGUGGUGCGAGUUGCCAGCAUGGUUCAAAAAUGAUAGUCCCACCCCGUUCUACAUGACACAUGGGAUGGCACUUUGGGACUAUGCUGGCGUUGAGCCAAGACUCAAUAAGCUCUUCAAUGAUGCCAUGGAAACCGAUACUCCAUUUGUUUCAAGUGUUUUGUUUGACAAGUGUAAGGGUGUGUUUGAAAGGUUGGAGUCUUUGGUUGAUGUUGGUGGAGGCACAGGAACUAUGACUAAGGCUAUUGCUAAGGCAUUUCCACAAAUGGAGUGUGUUGUGUUUGAUCUUCCACAUGUUGUUGAUGGCUUGCAAGGAAGUGGGAAUCUCAAAUAUGUUGGAGGGGACAUGUUUGACUCAAUUCCUCCUUCAGAUGCCAUUUUCUUGAAGUAUAUAUUGCAUGACUGGAAUGACGAAAAAUGUAUCAAAAUACUGAAGAAAUGCAAGGAAGCAAUUAUCACAAGAAGCAAAGGAAGAAAAGGAAAAGUUAUUGUCAUUGAUAUGGUAGUGAGUGAUGAAAAGAGUGAUAAAGAUAUUGAAUCAAUUGAAACCCAACUUUUCUUUGAUAUGUUCAUGAUGGUAGAAGUCAACGGAAAAGAGAGAAACGAAAAAGAAUGGGCAAACUUAAUUUUUUCCGCUGGUUUUAGUAGCUACAAGAUAAACUUAUCAGCUUUGGGAUUAAGAUCUCUCAUUGAAAUCUUUCCAUAAAAAUUGCAAGUAGUAAGAAGCAUUUUGUGAAAUAAUGGGCAUCAUAUAUAAAGAUGCAUUUGAAUGCUGUGUGUGAAAUUUGUUUAAUUUUUUAUAUUCAAAAAAUAAAGAAUUCAUGUAUUAAUAUUUGCUGUGCUUUUUUAAAAGAAAAUAAGAAACAUUUAUGUU